AUGCUGCCGCACGAUGAUCCUCCACUCAAGAUCCGCCCAGUGUCGAAUCAAAACAUACCGAGAAUUGUUGAAACAUUCGCCAACAAUAUUCAUUCUCCGCAGAAAGCCGUAGAAACGGACCAUGACGACAACUCUCAUGAUCCGGACACCUUCCCAGUUGAAUCUUUUGACCCAACACAAUUUGCAUUGCCGACUGCAAUUCCGAUCAACAGGGAGGGCAUGAUGAAAUCAAGGCGCCCUUCGUCAUCCACCUCGACAGGCAAAUCAGCAUCAAUCGCGCUCAUCCAGAAGGCAGCCAAAGGCCUAUACACCUAUCGCAGUAUCAGGAGCGAUCAAGUUCGCUUGCUUGUCAUCAAACCGUCAGAUGCACCGAACUGUCCUCUCAACGCUACUCUAAAGACAUUCGAUGAUAGCGAGCUGGAGAACGGGAAGCAAAUCUAUACCGCCCUGUCGUACAAUUGGGGUGACAGUGAAGCAGAUCAUACCAUAAUCAUACAGUCUGAAAUCAAGGCACGGCCAAUCAGCUCUUUGCAAGACCUUGUUGACGACGCGAUGGCAGAGAAACUCUCUGACUCCCGAAAGAUGCUCAUUCGGCAUAAUCUCUACGAUGCCCUCAAAGAACUCAGGCGGGCUUCGUGUGGGAAGCACCUGUUUAUCUGGGUAGAUGCGAUCUGCAUCAAUCAAAAUGACGACACCGAAAAACAAGAGCAGGUGAUGAAGAUGGCUAGCAUCUAUCAUAAUUCAAAGAGUGUCUGCAUUUGGCUUGGAACCGACACAACUGAGAGUCGCGUGUCAGAUCGGGCCAUGCAGUUCAUCCCACGAGCCAUUAAUCCCAAUAACUACCAAGCACUCCUCAGCGAGCCAGAAUAUAUACCUCAAUGGGCAAGCCUGUUUGAGCUAUUACUCUAUCGAGAAUUCGUGAAGUAUGUGGUCGACACUUCCAAAUCGCUCAAUAUCAUCUGCCGGUACUGGGCGCUCCCAGAGCGAGAAACGAAGACUCCUACAACACCUCGACUUGUGCAAUUGCCCACCUGGAUACUCCUCGUGGAUGACUCCGCCUUUGGAAGGGGUGAGGAGGUGUAUCAUGGCCGGAAGGCAGCCGACAGUCUCGUCGGUCUACCUGGAGCUUCUCAAUACAAUGCUUCUGGCUCUGGGUGGCUUAAAAAAGAUCCACAAGUCAUUUUCCCCGAAGAUCCUGCGCCAAUCGAAGAUGAAAUACUCGGAGGAGAUGGCAGCAAUCACAGCGUCCAUAAGGCAAUGUUGAUUGUCACUGGAGUUGCGAUUGGUAUAGUCUCAUUUCGUAAUCAACCUUUCGCGGAUGGCGUAAUUCCAAGAGACUGCCUGGAAAAGCUCGGUUGGAACUUCGAUUGGAAAGCAAAAGCAGUUAAAGAAGUUCCUGACCAACUAUGGCGCACCCUUGUUGCUGAUCGAGGUCCAAAGGGACAGGCGAAGCCCAAAACGUACCGGCUCGCUUGCCAACACUGCCUCGUCAGCUUAACGCGGAACGGUCACAUGAACAUCAAAGAAGUCCUCCGGAAGACUGAAGAUAGUAACUACACGAAAGACUACCUUGAGCGCGUCCUUGCUGUUACAUGGGACCGAUCUUUCAUCGAGGGCUUGCCAAUCCUUCCUGAACAGCCUUCAAUUGCUUCUGAAGGGCGCAGAUCUUCGGCUGGCGCAGGAAAAAAGCUUGUCGGUCUCGGACCACGCAAAACUCAAGAAGGAGACAUCAUUGCCAUCUUGUACGGUUGUAGCGUACCCGUCAUCUUGCGACCUGUGACGGGCACGCAAGAUCAUGAAUUUGUUGGAGAGGCCUACAUUCACGGGAAAAUGGAUGGAGAGGCGAUCAGUGAGUAUGUUGAGAAGACAGAAUUUCGGUUGAUUUAA